AUGGUUGAACAAGUUGGACCAAAGAAGUGGCAUGACGACGGCAAACUGGUCCAAGCAUUUGGAGGAGAUAUUUCACAAGAUCUGAGCUUCAAACUCAAGGCUUUCUUUGCACGUCCAAAGCCUUUCGUGACCCCCUCUUCCGCCUUCUGCUUUGAAUCCAUCGACCAUCCCACCGUCCUUCGAGCUUUGACCGGAGCAUUCGUCCGGACAGCAUGUCCCUUGGUGAUGCCUGGCUGCGCUGUGCGGAGUGGUGUUUGGGAAGAUCUCCCGCCCGACGACGCCUGUGUUCAGAGCCCCUUGGAACAUGGAGACCAACUGGUCCUGUCGACACAGACCAGGCCUGGCACCUAUCCACUCGUGCGAACGAACUGCGCGCCAGGGCGCCACUCUUUCGGUGAGAAAUCAGAAGGUCGGUCGUAUAAGUCUCUAUGA